AUGAACGCACUGGAAGAAUUCAUAAAGGAGAAGCAAGUAGUAUUACUCCUAGUUGGCCUCAUCGGCUCUGGAAAGUCUACCUUCGCAGAGGCGCUGCAGGAACACGUUCCAAAUUUUCGGAGAUGCAACCAAGACGACUUGGGCGACAGACGGCGCGUGGAGUCGCUCGCUCGCCUUUCCCUCAGCCAGGGCCUCUCCGUGUGCAUCGACCGCACCAACUUUGACGAAGCGCAGAGAGCUACAUGGAUAAAGAUCGCUCGUGAAUAUCUAGGGACGUAUGUUUGGGUGAUUGUCUUCGAUACCCCGUAUGAGGUCUGCAUAGAACGAUUACGCGUUCGAACCAACCACCCAACAAUCAAGACCCCGACCGAAGCACUGUCCGUCCUCUCGCGUUUCCAGUCCCAAUACUACCCGCCUGCGCCACACGAGGGACACACACGCAUUCUCAACUUACGCACGCCAGACCAAUCACCAGCAUACACCCGUGCUCAUGUGCUCGCCAUCCUACAGCGAGUACGCGAUGCACCUAGCAUUGAUCCAGCCACAGCCUCCCGCCAUGAGCCAUCCACACGCGGAAGAGGGUAUCGCGGCCUCUCUAGAGGCCGUGGAUAUCGGGACUCAUGGUCUGGUGCGGGUGGGUAUCGCGACUCCGCACGUGGAUAUGGUGCGCGUGGAUAUAAUACGCGUGAGUCGAGUCCGUACUCUCGCCCAGGGAGAUCAGAUGCAGGCUCGUGGCGUCAGGGAGGCUCGUACAGUCAACGAAGAGACGAUGACCGCGACCGCCGCUAUCGGCGCACAGAUGCCUAG